AUGGAUACCUUACCCCCGCCUCGUCCUCAUUUAUGUCAAUUCAAAUUUACGAUCUGGUUUUUAUCUUUCCGCUGGUAUAUCCUCUGUUUUUAUGUCAUCGGGGAUUCGAGCCUGGCCAGUUUACAUAAGAACAGACUGCGCGGCCGUAAGAGUGCCAUAUUUUCGCAAGAUUUAGAUUUUUUUCAAACAUGAGUGGAAACGCCGGCAACACGAAUUGCGAAUGUCUCCUCUAAAAAAUAAUUAUUUUUGUUAAAGUUCAACUCGAGUGAUUCAGUCAGUCGGCAGGCCGUACAAAACACACCUAUAUAGUUUAUUCUGGAGCACAGCACUGUGACUUUGGAAUAACCUCUUCAACCGUGCGCGAGGAUUGUUUGAAGAAGAAAACGACAAAACUCUAUUUCGACGCCACUCAAACUUUUCCGGGAAUGGUAGGAGAAGUUACAAGCAGGGGUGUGCCCUCGGUGACACUUUCGGGGUUGAUUAUUUCGUUAAAGAAUCUUCAGUUUUGGGAUUAAACAUCUCGGCUGGGCGGACAUUGCAAGAGGAAGGAUCACUGGAUGCCAGAAAUGAUGAUAAGAUUGUUAAAUACAUGAAGGAUGUGAUAAAUGGGGACAAUGUUGAUGUAUCCAGAGAGGAUGACGAAGACCCUUUCUUUGUGUUAGAUCUGAAGGAUGUGGAGAAGAAGCACCACCUAUGGAAGCAGGAGUUUCCGAAUGUGCAACCAUUCUAUGCUGUUAAAUGCAACUCCAACAGAAGAGUACUAGAAAUGUUAGCUAUACUUGGAGCUGGUUUUGAUUGUGCGAGCAAGGUAGGCAUGAACGUAAAUACUGUAUGA